AUGUCCACCUCACCCACCAACACAGCAUCAAUCCUGAAACCCCACAUCACCUCCUUCCUCCACCGCAGAGACCCACCCAAGACAUUCUGUCCCUCCGAAGUUGCCCGCGCCCUCUCACCUGCACAUCUUCACUCCCUCGGCUGUCAAGAAUGGCGGGAUGCCAUGCCUCUCAUCCGAGAAGUCAUCUGGGAGAUGCGCGCGGAUGGAGCGUGUGAAGUCACGCAGAAAGGUGAGGCUUUGGGAGAGGAGGUCGGUGUGGGAGAUGUAAAGGGUCCGAUUCGCGUGAGAAGGGCGGCGGGAUGA